AUGGAACAAUUAAUGAGGAUGAUGCAAAGUGGACGAGCGGGUAUGGGAGGACCCACACCGCAGGGAGAAACCAUAGUGGCUGAUAAUGGAGAAACGGUCCAUAUCUCAGCUUUAGCAUUGCUCAAGAUGCUUAAACACGGUCGAGCGGGUGUACCCAUGGAAGUUAUGGGUUUGAUGCUGGGUGAAUUCGUCGAUGAUUAUACCAUAUCCUGUGUAGACGUAUUCGCCAUGCCUCAGUCCGGUACCACAGUAACAGUAGAAUCGGUAGAUCACGUUUUUCAGACUAAGAUGUUGGAUAUGUUAAAACAGACUGGAAGACCUGAAAUGGUAGUAGGAUGGUAUCAUUCGCAUCCAGGCUUUGGCUGUUGGUUGUCCAGUGUGGAUAUAAACACUCAACAGUCAUUCGAACAACUUCAUCCUCGAGCUGUAGCAGUUGUGAUUGAUCCGAUCCAGUCCGUGAGAGGAAAAGUGGUGAUAGAUGCUUUCCGAUCAAUAAAUCCCGCUUCGAUGGCAACAGGCCAGGAAUCAAGACAGACAACAAGUAAUAUCGGUCAUCUGAAUAAACCUAGUAUUCAAGCUUUGAUUCAUGGUUUGAACAGACAUUAUUACAGCUUAGCAAUCGAUUACAAAAAGACAGAAGCUGAACAGGGAAUGUUAUUGAACCUGCACAAGAGGGGAUGGACAGAAGGCUUGAAAUUGAGAGAUUUCGAAGAAAUGAAACAAGGUAAUAAGCAAGCUGUUGAUGAAAUGUUAAAAUUGGCUACAUCAUACACCAAAUCCGUCCAGGAGGAAUCAACCAUGACUCCCGAACAACUGAAAACCCGACAUGUCGGUAAAUUAGAUCCCAAGAGACAUUUGGCGGAGGCCGCGGAGAAAGCCAUGGGAGAACAGGUCACUCAGAGCUUGGCGAUGGGUGUUCUGGCUGAGCUGUAG